UCAUUUUCAUUUGAAUUUCCGUAACAGAAAUAAAAUAAAAAUAUAAAACUCAAAUCACGCUUUUCUUGUUGAAAGCAAACAAACCAACGACACUAAAGCCAGGCGUAAAUCCGCCGCAACCACCCCAGUUUCUCUCCGACGGCGUCGGAGCUUCCGUUACCGUAACGACGAAGCUUGACUAGCGCCGCCGUAGGCUGAUUCCGUGCUUCCUUUUGAAUCGAAUCUCUUCACAGGGUUUUGAUGUCAAAUCCACUGAAAGAGCCAAGAGAGGAUACCUCAGGCUCGGUUCGUCACAUGAGGGAAGAUAAUGAAUACGUUCGCCUUGUUGUUGGGACCCCCCAUGAACCUUCUCCUCCUGAAACCGUGUUAGUGUCUCAAUCAGAGAUCCGGACUAGAAACUUGAUUUGGUGGUUUAAAGCUUUGGGGAUUUGUGCACUUGCUCUCGUCCUCACUCUUGUCUUCGCCAAAUGGGGAGUUCCAUUUGUAUUCCAAAAGGUUUUGAUUCCGAUUCUACAAUGGGAAGCAACUGCUUUUGGCCGUCCUAUGCUCGCCAUCGUCCUUGUUGUUUCCUUGGCUUUGUUCCCUGUCUUCUUGAUCCCUUCUGGUCCUUCCAUGUGGCUAGCUGGCAUGAUUUUCGGUUAUGGUCUCGGUUUCGUUAUUAUCAUGGUUGGAACCACCGUUGGCAUGGUUCUUCCUUACUUAAUCGGCCUUAUGUUUCGUGAUCGCCUCCACCAAUGGUUGAAAAGGUGGCCUCGUCAAGCCGCUGUUCUUAGAUUAGCAGCAGAAGGAAGCUGGUUCCAUCAGUUCAGAGUCGUGGCAAUCUUUCGUGUUUCUCCAUUCCCUUACACCAUUUUCAACUACGCCAUCGUUGUGACAAGCAUGAGGUUCUGGCCUUACUUGUUCGGUUCCAUAGCAGGAAUGAUACCUGAAGCUUUCAUCUACAUUUACAGCGGUCGAUUGAUCAGAACAUUCGCGGAUGUGCAAUACGGACAUCAACGUUUGACAACGGUAGAGAUAGUGUACAACGUAGUCUCCUUGAUCAUUGCGGUUGUGACGACUGUAGCUUUCACUGUGUACGCUAAAAGAGCUUUGAGAGAGCUUCAAAACGCAGAAGCUAACGAAGAUGAGGAAGUCCAGGCUAGAAAGCCAGGGAGAUUGGAGAUGAAGAACGUUGAAGAUAAUCACAGGCGUUUGGGUUCUUCUCAUGCAUUGCCCUAAAAGAUAUUAAAAAAUAGAUUUGUAUAAAGGUUAAGGUUGGUUUGUUAUUCAGCAGGAGUAAAGAGUAAAUAACAAAAAGGGGAAUCAAUAUCCGAAUAUGCAGUCUGAUGUUAGUAAACCAGGAAGACUAAUCAAAGGUUAAUAAUAGUGUUGCUGAUUUCACUUGUUGAAAUAGAUAAGAAGCAAUCAUUUUA